CAGACACCGGAAGUGUCGCGUGACUGUGUGGGGUCUUGAACACAUCUGGGGAAGUAUUUAGGCGGAAGGGCGGAUGCUGCUAGUUGCGUGUACCUCGACGGGAGGACAUUGUGGAUUCCGUUGGGAAGCUGUACAUCAUCGCCAGGCGGUUCUCUGGAGAUCUCUGUCCGUUGUGCGUGUAGGUUAACGGUGUCACCUCUGGGAUGAAUCCACCGAGCCUCCACGGAUCUAAAUUAGCCAGGAAAAUGAGCAGAAGAAGGAGAUAAGUGGCAGUGGCUGGCUUCCUGCGGGAUUUUACACGGGCUUUUUGUUUUUUUCCGUGGACAUGCCUUGUCUAUGGAGGAGAGCUGAGCGAAGCUAGCUGGCCGACAGUCCGGCUAGCGCAACAUUUCCAGGGUUUUGGAUGACUGUUUAGCUCAAGAGCUGAUUUACUUUGGAUCAGCGCUACCUCCCUUCCCUGGGUAAGGAGUCAGCAUGGGGGAGCCCAGCCUGGACGACUCCAAUGUCAAGGUGGCUGUUCGUGUACGGCCCAUGAACCGGAGAGAAAAGGAACUGAACACUAAAUGUGUUGUGGAGAUGGUGAAGAACCAGACGAUCCUCCAUCCUGCGGGAACUAACCUUGGCAAAGCGGACUCGAGGAAUCAGUCCAAGGUCUUUGCCUAUGAUUAUUGUUUCUGGUCCAUGGACGAGACAGAUAAGGAGAAAUUUGCAGGUCAGGAAGUGGUGUUCCAGUGCCUUGGGGAAAGUCUUCUCAACAACGCGUUCCAGGGCUACAAUGCCUGUAUCUUUGCCUAUGGACAAACUGGUUCUGGAAAGUCGUACACAAUGAUGGGUUCGGGGGACCAGCCGGGUCUGAUUCCCCGCCUGUGCAGUGCUUUGUUUGAACGAACCCAGAAAGAACAGCGGGAGGAGGAGAGCUUCACUGUUGAGGUUUCCUACAUGGAGAUCUACAACGAGAAGGUCCGGGAUCUGCUUGAUCCCAAAGGGGGUAGACAAACUCUGAGGGUGAGGGAGCAUAAAGUUUUGGGCCCCUACGUGGAUGGCCUGUCUCGACUAGCUGUGGCCAGCUACAAGGACAUUGAGUCUCUAAUGUCAGAGGGGAAUAAGUCUCGGACUGUCGCUGCUACCAACAUGAAUGAAGAGAGCAGUCGAUCUCACGCCGUCUUCAACAUCAUCCUCACACACACACUCAAGGACUUGCAGUCUGGGACGAGUGGGGAAAAGGUGAGUCGGUUGAGUCUGGUAGACCUGGCUGGAAGUGAGCGAGCAGCAAAAACUGGAGCAGCAGGAGAAAGACUGAAGGAGGGAAGCAACAUUAACAAGUCUCUGACUACGCUGGGUCUGGUUAUCUCAGCGCUGGCUGAACAGGGAACCGCCAAGAACAAGACAAAGUUUGUCCCUUACAGAGACUCUGUUCUGACAUGGCUGCUGAAGGACUGUCUGGGAGGCAACAGUCGCACAGCGAUGGUUGCAACCGUGAGUCCAGCAGCAGACAACUAUGAGGAGACGUUGUCGACGCUGCGUUAUGCCGACCGAGCAAAGAACAUAGUCAACCAUGCUGUCGUCAAUGAAGACCCCAACGCUCGCAUCAUCAGGGAGCUCCGAGAGGAAGUAGAGAAACUGCGGGUACAGCUGACCCAGGCAGAGUCUAUGAAGGCUCCAGAGCUGAAAGAGCGACUGGAAGAGUCUGAGAAGCUGAUUCAAGAAAUGACCAUCACCUGGGAGGAGAAGCUUCGCAAAACUGAGGAGAUUGCACAGGAGCGCCAGAAGCAGUUAGAGAGUCUGGGUAUUUCUCUCCAGUCUUCAGGGAUUAAAGUUGGAGAUGACAAGAGCUUUCUUGUCAACCUUAAUGCUGAUCCUGCACUCAAUGAACUACUGGUGUACUACCUGAAGGAACACACAAAGGUGGGCUCAGCAGACUCUCAGGACAUCCAGCUGUGUGGGAUGGGUAUCCAGGCGGAACACUGUGUCAUCGACAUUACAGCAGAUGCUGCCGUUAUCCUCACCCCUUACCGCAACGCUCGGACAUGUGUUAAUGGUUCUCCAGUUACCAGCGCUCAGCAGCUUCACCAUGGCGACCGAAUCUUCUGGGGAAACAACCACUUCUUUAGGAUCAACCUGCCUAAGCGGCGCUCCCGGGGAGCAGAGGAUGAGGAGGGUGAGGGUGGCGUAAUGAAGAACAGUGGCAGCAGUGAGCAGCUGGAUGCAGAUGGUGACACAGCCAGCGAAGUGUCAAGUGAAGUCAGCUUCUCGUACGAGUUCGCCCAGACAGAGGUCAUGAUGAAAGCACUGGGCAACAAUGACCCCAUGCAGGCAGUCCUCCAGUCUCUGGAGAGGCAGCAUGAAGAGGAGAAGCGCUCUGCUCUGGAGCGUCAGAGGCAGAUGUAUGAGCAGGAACUCCAGCAGCUCCGCAAGAAGCUGAACCCGGACCGUCUGUCCACAGGCCACUCCGGAGCACCGGCGCCUGGCCAGCAAGGCCCGGGACAGCAGUCUCACUACCGCAGCCUGGAGAGACUCAGUAUGGGAGGGAUGAGCCAUUCAACCAGUGCUCAGAGCAGACUGAGGCAGUGGAAUGAGGACAGGGAGGUGGUGUUGGUGAGGAGUCUGAGAAGGCUGAGGGAGCAGAUAGUGAGGGCGAACCUCCUGGUGCAAGAAGCCUGUUUCAUUGCUGAGGAGCUGGAGCGACACACUGAGUACAGAGUCACCCUGCAGAUCCCAUCAGACAACCUCAAUGCAAACCGCAAGAGGGAUGCUGUGCUCAGUGAACCAGCGAUUCAGGUUCGACGUCGGUGUCGAGGGAAACAAAUAUGGAGCUUGGAGAAGAUGGAGAACCGUCUGGUGGACAUGAGAGAGCUAUACCAGGAGUGGCAGGACUACCACCUCCAUCACCAUGACAACCCAGUUAUGCGCUCAUAUUUCCGUCGAGCUGACCCGUUCUUUGACGAGCAGGAAAACCACAGUCUGAUCGGCGUUGCCAAUGUCUUCCUUUCCUGUCUGUUCUAUGACGUCAAGCUCCAGUAUGCUGUUCCCAUCAUCAACCAGAAGGGAGAGGUUGCAGGGCGUCUCCAUGUGGAGGUGGUAAGGGUUGGAGGGGGCUUAGAGGACAACAUGGCUGGAGGAGAUGAAGCAGACAACAACCAAGACAGUGAAGUCCAGGAUCGCAAACUUGUAUGCAUGAUUAAAAUCCUGCAGGCCACCGGUCUUCCCCAGUACCUGUCCAACUUUGUCUUCUGUCAGUACUCAUUCUGGGACCAGCCUGAGCCCAUCAUCGUGGCUCCUGAAGUGGACCCAUCGUCCUCGUCACCCAGCACCAAGGACCCACACUGCAUGGUGGUGUUCGACAGCUGCAAGGAACUGGCAGUGUCAGUGACUGAGGAUUUCAUCGAGUACCUCACUGAAGGGGCAGUCGCCAUUGAGGUUUAUGGACACAGGCAGGCAGACGCAGGCAGGAACCCCGCCCUGUGGGACCUCAGCAUCAUCCAGGCCAAGACACGCACACUACGGGACAGAUGGAGUGAGGUAACGCGUCGUCUGGAGCUGUGGAUUCAAAUCCUGGAGAUAAAUGAGAAUGGAGACUUUGUCCCAGUGGAAGUGGUUCCCGCUAGAGACGUACGGACGGGGGGAAUCUUCCAGCUUCGGCAGGGUCAGUCAAGGCGAAUCCAGGUGGAUGUGCGUUCAGUUCAAGACUCGGGCACCAUGCCUCUGAUAGCAGAGGUAGUACUUGCGGUGUCAGUGGGCUGUGUGGAGAUCAGAAACACCACAGCAAACCAGGAAGGAGAUGAGAUGGACAGUUAUCAGGAGAGAGAUCUGGAGCGUUUGCGGCGGCAGUGGCUAGCCGCUCUCACCAAGAGACAGGAAUACCUCGACCAACACCUGCAGAGCCUGGUCAGCAAAUCAGAAAAGACAGAGGAUGACAUGGAGAGGGAAGCUCAGCUGCUGGAGUGGCGCUUGACUCUGACAGAGGAGAGAAACGCCGUCAUGGUGCCCUCUGCUGGCAGCGGCAUUCCCGGAGCACCUGCUGAAUGGGUUCCUCUGCCAGGCAUGGAGACUCAUAUUCCCGUCCUCUUCCUGAACCUCAAACCUGAUGAUCUCAGCUCUCAAGACCAGUUUGAGGUUCCUGAGGCUGGAGGCUGGGAUGCCAUCCUGAGUGGAGAAGAUGAGGACGACUUCUUUGACCUGCAGAUUGUUAAACACUAUGAUGGAGAGGUGAAAGCAGAGGCAUCAUGGGACUCUACCGUCCAUGAAUGCCCCCAGCUCAGUCGUGGAGGGGCGUGGCCCGAGCAGCGGGUAUACCUGACGAUUAGAGUCGUGGUUCAGCUCAGCCAUCCUGCCGACAUGCAGGUGGUCCUGAGGAAGAGAAUCUGCGUUAACGUUAACCCUGGCCGCCAGGGGUUUGCCCACAACUUUCUCAGAAGGAUGUCGACCCGCAGCACCAUACCAGGCUGUGGGGUCACAUUCGAGGUGGUCUCCAACAUCCCUGGGCAGGACGCCCCUGGAUCUGAGGACAGGGAGAUGCUGGCCCGGCUCGCUGCCAGCGCACACAACAGCCAGUCAGGCGACGAUGAGGCUGCUAUUGAGAAAUACCUCCGAAGUGUCCUGAGUGUGGAGAACAUCCUGACUCUGGAUAGACUCAGACAGGAGGUGGCAGUGAAGGAACAACUGGCUAGCAGAGGGAGGAGCAACAGACGGAGCCUAAGUUCUCCUUCUGUCCACAGGCUGUCUGGAAGUAGACAAGACUUGUCCACAACCUGCCUGCUGGAUGAUAGGGGCCGAUGGGAGAGUCAGCAGGAUAUCUUCAUGCCUUCUCAGUUCCACCGCACCCUCCCGCGCCCCGCCUCCUCCCCUUCCACCUACUCCACUUCCCCUUCUUCAUCUCCUACUCCCUUCGCUAUGACUUCCCCACAGACCCAGGAACCAGAGCAAGGUCGUUCAGGACUUGCUGCCUCUUAUCUUUCAGUUAAGUCGCUGGUUCCUCAGAUGCCCAAACUGCUCAAGUCUCUGUUUCCAGUGCGAGAUGACAAGAAGGAGCUGAGACCAUCGCCGCACAACCAGCAGCAGCAUGUGCCUCGCAUCCUGACGUCCUCAGGAGGGGACGACAGUCGAGUCAAGACUGAGAUGACUGCUGUUCUGCAGCCCCCAACCAAAGACAGGCGGGCAGAGUUCCCAGAAGUUCCUCCUCUUCCUGUGCAUGACCCGCAUGACACCACCCCCCUCAGCCCCCUCAGCCAGUCGUCAAGCGGCUACUUCUCCACUAGUGUGUCUACAGUUACCCUGUCUGACGUCCUCCAACCCUCCUCCUCGUCUUCCUCUCUCCUGGCUACUGAGACUACGUUGCCCACAAACCCCCAGCAGCAAGGUGCUGACAGGAACGAUGUUGUGACCUCUCCUUCUCAGUGUGGCGCCAAGAUGGCCGCUCCACCCUCUUCAAACAGCUCAUCCAAUCACAACAACAUCACAGCGGAAAAUUCCUUCUCUAAACAGAGGCUGGUAAACUCAGGAGGAGGAGGAGGUGAAGGGUUUGAACGGCUGGAGAUCUUUGUGGACGAUGAAGAGCGUAGCCAUGAUGACAUUCUGCCUGAUUGGCUGACAGAAGGGGCAUAUGUUACAGUAGGAGGCAAUAAGGCGGGGACGGUGCGCUAUGUGGGGAUGACACAGUUUGCUGAGGGAGUGUGGGUGGGGGUGGAGCUGGAAACUCCUGUAGGUAAGAAUGACGGUUCAGUGGGAGGUCAUCGGUAUUUCCACUGUAAACCGGGUUACGGGUUGCUGGUUCGCCCAGACCGACUGUCCUGUCGUGAUCGGACCAGUCGGCGUACGGGAGACUUUGCCCCUCCCGCCCACGUCCCUGUCCUGCGAGGGGAAGCCAUUGUUGCCCGGAGGGGGGAGAACCGCAAAUCCUGGAGUAGUUGAGACAGGGAAGCUAGGAGCUGGAUGGGAGAGAUGAACUCCCCACAGCCCUCCUCCGACUCCCCCUCCUCCCAGCUAUGCAACAGGCUUACAGAUCAGAACUGACUUUACUGCCUACCUGCCUCCUAUAGUAGGAAACUACACUCACAACAUCCAUUCACAGUUAAUGGAUGGAAACAGAAUAAACACAGUGAAGAGACUUGAAUGCAAAGAAGUUGAUGAAAGACUAUGCAGAGCAUAUAGAGGUCCAUGGAGGGACUGUUUAUCAUGUGAGAAGAUAAUGCUAAAUUAGUGGCAGUCAAUGGGAAGACUGCUGAGAGUGAAUGCAAGCAGACCUUAUCAUAUUUGGAGUGACAGAGCUCUCCAGGGGCGAGGACUGGACGCUGCAGACGGGACGAUUUGCCUCAGAGAAGCUUUCUGAGCUGAACCACAGGGAUGCAAACUAGUCACGUUUUAGGCGUGAGCCACGUUUUUGAUCCCAGGUCACAUCUGCAAACAUAUUUACAAUUUGAUGAAAUGAUCAUUUGGGUCUUGGGGGGUGGGGCAGUUUAGAGUGGAGUAAAAAACACUUUUUUGUUUUUUUUGGGGGGGGGCUCAGACCAUGCCAGUCUUACUGUGACAGCAGCCUUUUGCUGCAUUUUCACCUGUGAUGUGUUUGCAGCCACAGAUAUGAAAUCUCUCCCUGGUAGUCUCCAGACUCUCUGUCCUAAAAUUGCCUGCUCCGGCUGCCACUCCCCUGAACUCUCUUGGUCUAAUCUGCAGACCGACACCUUGACUCAGUGUCUGGGACUCGUCUCUCCCUCCUGGACUCCUUUUCUUUUCUCUUGAAGAUAGAUUCUCCCAGAAUGUGCCUUCACCACGGCUUGGUUUGCAUUUGUUUUUCUGUGUAUUUAACUUCUUGUAGCUGUGUUUGUGUUGAAGAGAAUGCCUUGUGCUAAGUGUGAGGUGAUCUCAGGGACUGUAGAGGGGGGAAAGGCUAAGGAGGGGUGUGUGCGUGUGUGUGCACGUGUGUGUGCACGUUUGUGUUUGUAAUUGUAAAUGUUGUACAGUGUUGACCUGUAUGCACAACUUCAUAUUGUUGUAGUCGUGUUGGUGUUAAAGAUUAUGUGUAGAGCAGGAAAAAGUGUGUCCUCGUUGGACGUAGCCACUAUGGGAGCGAGCUGUUUGUACUGGGAGGCUUUAAAAGUCGAUUUUGCACUGGAGACGUUGGAUAAAAGUUUCUGUAUGUGAGCAGAACGUGUCUGUGGCCAUGAUGCAGCAAAACAGAGAGGCAGACAACAGAUUACAUGAAGCUGUUGGAAAGCGGAGAUGUCUGUGAUGGUGUUCCUGACUCUCUGGACGUCUGCUUUGGACAUCACGUUUCCUGGUCGUCCUCUGUAAGUGACCGAAGACGUUCUGACACCAGGAGGCGCUGUCUGCAGAUAAGCAGUUUGGCGUUGUGUUGGUGGAAAUUGGCACGUGUAUGUGUUGAGGAAAAGGACAUGAGAUGGACACGUGGAAAUCCUGCUGGGAAUUUCCAAGAAUCAGUUUGCUUCUAUGCAUUUGAUCUGUUUCUAAAAGAAGUUUAAGUUUUAUCUUUUAUUCGUGAAAUGACACCACUGGGAGAGUGAGCUACAUGUACGUUAUGGGAAAGUAUGAAACACAGGAGCAGUUUGGACUGAUCGAACAGUCCUGACACUUCUGCUGAAGAGAAUGAAGAUGGGACAGACUUUGGGAUUUUUUAAAUUAGUUUUUUAUUAAACAUUCCAGAGGGACUUUAACAUUUUAUACUGACCUUAUCAUUCCUGUGUAUUUAUGGAAAAGCAUUGGCAGUACAAUACUGUACGUAUGCUGUGAGGACACAUGUGCUCCUGAUACUUUUCCAGGACAUGAAGUUGGGUUCACUGGCCGGUAGAGGUCGUCCUCAGCCUGUCAGAGCAGCUGUUCAUGAAGACAGAAAGCCUGUGUUACAAACUGGGAGCGUGGACUCUGAUAGACAUGGGUAGAUAUGGACAUUCGUGAGGCGGGAACGGUCGAAUGAAAAGAGUUGCAUUGUGGGAGAUGUAGGAUCUGGCGUUAAUGGAGCUUGACUCGUAGUAGGAUAUCUCAGCCUCUGCUGUUUUGAUUCUGACGAUUCUCUCACAAGUUUCCUGACUGUGAGGAGUCACUGUUCUAAAUCCCUGGAGACUGUGGUCAGUGUAAAGUGUUGGGUCUGAGUCGUCCUGAGUCUCACCAGGUGAGCAAUAAGCAUGUGCUGUUAGAUACAGCAGCCAGGACAGGUUCAUAUCCUAAUGAUGACAAACCUGACUAUGCUCGUUGACAUGUUAUCCAUGUCCCCUGAGCCGAGUUUUGUCAUCACUAUCUGUUUCUAUGGUAACAGUUAAUUACUAUAUGGAAAAGAAUCUAACGAUUUGUGGUGUUAAUGAUAUAACGAUUCAUAUAGAUAUAUAAUAUGGAAUACUAUAUGUGUAUGUGCACUCAGUAUGUCCAAACACUAUCAUCUUGAUGGAUGCAAAGUUUCUUUUCUUUUUUUUUCCAUUCCUGUAUAUCACACGCUUCUUAAUCCAAGAAGCGUGAUUUUACUAUUUAUAUUUAAAUGCUCGUACACAUGCCUUUAUCGCAUGAAAACUGAUAAAGCCUUUUUAUUUUAAGAAAUCUUGCACAAAUGAUUCCAUGAAAAUUGCUGCUAUUAGCAUUGUAAAUUUACCUGUAAAUGGAUCAAUUGAUUUAUCUAACACUCUCUAUCUCUCACUGUAAACUAUAUUGGGAUUCAGUAGUUUGUUUGUUUUUUUUUCCUUUAAUCCCAGAUGGAGAAACUAAUGUCAGUGCUGUGGUUCAGUGGCCAAUAAAUUUUUUAAGAAGCAGUAGAGUUUUUGAAAAUGAGGCACUUUGUUAUGUGAGCCUUGGAAAAGAGACGGUUAGAAUAUUGUGUGGGUGAAAAAAAAAAUCACCUCUACACUGAUAUUUAGAGAAGAGUGAGGAAAAUCUAAUGUUGGAGGUGCAUUGAAGCUGAAGUGUGAGACGAGGAAACAGUAUAUCACCAUAGUCCGUUUACUAACUGUGUAUUUAUUACUUCAGGACCCUGGAGUUCUCUGAUUGGCUGGUUGGUUACUGUAGGUGGCUGUCUGGUAUGUUAUUGGUCGGCAAGGUUGUGAAGUGGUUUGUAGGUUGGACUUGUUGGUUUGGUUAUUUUUAUAAAAUUGUGGUUCAUAAUAGUGAUGUGGUAAUGAAGGAAGGGAAUAAAGGUUUCUUCUGUAUUGUGCGUGUAGUGUGUGUGUGUGUGUGUGUGGGAUGUGGGAUGGACCUGGCGUUGAUUCAGUUGUGUCCACGAGCCCUUACCAAGAUGGGAAAUGACCAUCAGCUGCCACUUAUGACUCUCAGGACUUUCAGCCGGGACUGAGAACCCUUCACCCUCAAUGUUCUCCUGAUAAAAACUAAAAUUCCGGUCUCCGUGGCUGGUGGACUUUCCUGUCCCGGUCUCUGCUCGGACACGGUUUUAGCGGUUUGAGAUCACUUCAGGCUUCUGGAUGUUCCUUUAUGUUACUGUGCCUCAGAAACCAUGUGACCAUGUAUCUUCCACACACUGUUCUCAUAUCAGUGCUUCGGUUCAUUUGCACAAAAGUUUCCAGAGGGAAUUGAGGAGUUCGUUUCUGGAACACUUGUAUAUGUGGGAAGAAAAAUCUAACCAGAUUUUUUUUUUUUUUUUUUUUUGAUGAUUCAGUGUUCUCAAGUUUCCCUGUUGUUCUUUAGACUGUUCUCAUUUUCUGCUUUCAGUUCAAGACUUUUUGGAGCAAUACUCUUCACUCACUGCUCGACUGCCUUUUAAGUAAAACCAUGUACGUUGGUUAUCUCGUGAGUAUUAGUAGUAUUUAACAUGACGGCAGAGCUCAGCUCAGAUGUAGUGGAAGCAUUGGUGUUUUCUUGCAGCACACUUCCUCUGUGAACUCUCCACACAGUUUGCAGCACCACGUUAUGCAUUAGUCCGUCAGGGUGAGUGUGAUGCUGACAUUAGGGUAGAAAGAGCAAACUAACAUCAGUAGUGACUGUUUUGAAUGGACGUAGUGUCGUGACUUUCGUCUCAGUGGUGUCCAUCUCUGCCACUGCACAGAUUAGAGCAAAGCCAUCAGCGUUAUUCUUUAUGUGACUGUAUCGACCAUCUGAACCACAUUUAGUUCUAAUUUUAGUGAUGUGAUUUGUGUCCAGACAUAUUCAUUGAUCUGUGUGUGUCCUCAGCCCCCUCAGAAUGUUUUUUUUUUGUUUGUUUACUGUUUUAUUCUCGUUGCUUUCUUAAGUGCUUCUGUUUAGCUCAGAGUUGGUCCCGUAUCUUUGUUGCGUUCGCCUCCUGUUGCAUUUCCUGCAGCUGUGUGGUGCUAACUAUGGGACCGCUGGUCUGGAGCGACACGUCUUGUCCCUGCCUUAACGUGGCCUUCAAACUGGAGCCAGACAGGUUUUAGCAGGAAUAAUCCCAGCUCUCUAACUACACAUGCUGUACUCUAAACCCUCAGUGUACUGUGCUGUUUAAAAGGAUCAUUCCAAAACCAGAUCAGCCCGUUCUGGUUCACUAUGAAAAAAGAUUUAAAAAAAAAAAAAAAAAAAAGCCCAUUUUCAAAAAGUUAGUUGUGAGUCAUUUGAAACUGUCAGGUUUCAUUACUCUUUUCAACUAGAAGGAAGGCCAUUGUGUCGCCCCCUGGUGGCUGCUGUCAAACCUCAGUCAUUCCACACAGGGAGUUUUAUAUACAACCAGAACAUCAUCAGAGGCAGUGGAAGUGAAUCCCACCACUGCCCCACAGCAGAGUACCUGACAGCUUCAGCCGCGUUGGACAAAAAAUGUGUGUUCCUGCCUCGGUAGUGAGUUUUCACCUUGUUACUACCUCUGUCCCUGGUCUUGGUCGUCCAGAAGGUUCUGCCAACUUCUUCCCUGAGGCCUUUAAGCUGACAGAGAGUUGCACCUGCUUCACUCCUGAACUGGCUGCGUUCACUUACUCAAAUAUUAGAAUAAACCACACAAACAAGCAAUAUGUGGCUGUUAGGUGAUGCAUCACAGCCUUUCUGCACGUGCACUGUUUGGUUUUUUUUUUCUCACGGUUUUUGGCAAUGACAGCUGGGUCUGCUUUCCAGGAAAAUUCAGCUACAGCUGCUGCUCUUGGUGCAUUUUAAAGGCAGUUGGUAUUAAUACUCCUUCUAGGUACCUGCAGCCAUAAGUUAACUGAACUGUGUAAUAAUAGAAGUCUAAUAGGAUCUGAAGGAGAGGGUUUGGUGCUUGCUGAGUCAGGGAGUUUCAGUAGAACUAUGUUAUUCCUGCACAAAAAAAAAAAAAACUCCUCCAGUCCUUAUAACCUUUCACACGUUCAUCUGAUGAGAAAUGAGAAUCAUUAAACGUGGAUUUAACGUGGCCUCGGCCUGGUCAACAGUAUUACUAUAUCUCGAUCAU